CUGGCCUGUCCCCGCAGGGCUUGGAGGCCUCUCCCGGCAGGAGCGCUCACGGCGCUCGGUGUCCGGACAGGUGUCCGUCUCUCUUUGCCUGCCGGAGCGACGGCUGUGCCAGACUUUGCAGCAGAUGGGACCCAGGUGCCAAUGCUUCCUGCUCUGGUCCAUGCUGUUCCUGCUGCCUAGAAAUUUAGCACUGCUAGAAACUGAUGGAGGCUGGCUGACGCAGAGACACCCGGCCCUGCCGGAGGGAGACAGCUGCACGGUGGAGCGGCGGGAUGCCUCUCUCACCUACUCUCAGUUCCUUCAGCGGUAUGCCUUCUCUCGGCCUGUGAUACUCCGAGGGAUAACAGACAACUCGGAGUUCCAGGCUCAGUGCACCAAGCGCAAGCUGCUCGCCGCCUUCGGGGACCGGCAGGUCCGUCUCAGCACCGCGAACACCUACUCGUACCGCAAAGUUGACCUGCCCUUCCAGGAGUACGUGGACCAGUUCCUAGAGCCACAGGACCCGGAUUCGCUGGGGAGCGAAACACUCUACUUCUUUGGGAACAACAACUUCACCGAGUGGGGCCCUCUCUUCCAGAGAUACACCCCGCCACCAUUCCGGAUCCCUGGCAUGACUGUAGCGUACAGCUUUGGGAUUGCUGGCUCCGGCUCCGGGGUGCCCUUCCACUGGCACGGCCCUGGCUUCUCGGAGGUGAUCUUCGGCAGGAAGCGCUGGUUUCUGUAUCCCCCGGAGAAGACGCCAGAGUUCCACCCCAACAGAACCACGCUGUCCUGGCUGCUGCAUACCUACCCGUUGCUGCCACCCUGGGAGCGGCCCGUGGAAUGCACCAUCCACCCCGGAGAAGUCCUGUACUUCCCAGAUCGCUGGUGGCAUGCUACCCUCAAUUUGGACACUAGUGUUUUUAUCUCCACAUUCCUGGGUUAGCAGUUCUGUGUGGUGCCUUCUCCUCAGAAUUCCUGCCAUUCAACGUGCGACUGCGUACAAAGAAACUGGAUUUCUUUUCACAAGCAGAUGUCUGCGGCCAGCCUAGCCCUGAUGGAGCUGUCUCAGUCUCUUGUAAGCAUAUCCUAAAAUUAGGGGAGAAGGCGAGUCACCCUCUGCCGGUGGGCCUCUGGCCGUUUUGAUGGAGAGGCGUACCGUUCCCUGGCAUUCAGAACAGACCUUGAUCCACACUUAAUGUAGGUUUGUUACAGCCGAAGUGAAAAGACCCAGAGGGUGCACUCCCGCUGUGGCAGUAGAAAUGCAAAGCUGGUUGGUGGCCACCCUGGCCAUUUUGCGGCAGGCUUCACUCUCUGCCCGGUGUCUUAAGUGGUGAGGCUGGUGUGAUCUGCACCGGUUAAGGCGCUGUCCUUUGACCCGCACAGCCUGCCUCUCCUGGACGCCUAUUCCGUGCACGUGCUUGUUCCACCUGCUUUUCAGAUGCUUGGCAAAGACCUGGGCCUGCACCAGGUUCAUAAUUUGACCCUUGAAAAAGCACUCCAGGUGGUGAUUGGGAAACGCACCCCUUAAUUACUGCUGCUGCUCACCCAGAAUUAUAGCUGCCUCACUUCCCAGAGGGGCAUCUGCAGGGACGAAGGCAAGAUCUUCCCGGGCUGCCGGUGGCCAUUCUGCAAAAACAGCUCACCCUUUAGGAACAGCGACAAACCUGGGUUUGCAUACCAGGAAGGGCACCCAGCUUCCUUCCACAUCAAGUAUGUUGAUGAAAGAGUUGAGAACUGGAGAGGCUGCUCUUUGGGUGGAAAUAAGCUGUCUGUUUACAAGUUAUCACUUGUUAGUAAGGCUUGUGGCUGGCUGCGACAUGCCCGUUUUCAUCUGGGGUUGGCAGCUUUGCAACAGGCCCUGCGCCUGGCCUGGCCUGGCAUGUGGCUGUGUGCAAUUGUUGCUGUCUUGUGUGUGCAGUCACUCCUCCUCCAUGUCUCCUUCUGCCAAAUUCACUAGCUCCAUUUUGGAAACCAGGCCCACCUGAGACAUAGCAGAGCCUGUUCAUCAAAACGCUAGUGGCCAAGAUGCUCAUCUUUAAACCAAAGCCCGAUUUUACAUUUCCUUCCUCUGGGUCCAUCCACCUUGCCCAUCCCGUCUUGCCCUGCAGGCUCAGUUUCAUGUCCAAGCAUUCAUGGAACCAUCCUACGGAUGCUAAUGGAAUAGCCAUACCCAAGCGCAUGACGAAGGGUGGGCCAGGGGGUCUCCCCCACCUUUUCGCUGGGCCGGUUCCAAGGCUGUGGGAGGAAGCCGCUUUGGGUCCUGCUGACCCAAGACCUCCCUCGAUCGACCCUCUGCCCCCAGCGGGCAAGCAGCCGCUUCCAGUAAGGCUGCCCCUCUCCCCACCUGCUGAGAAGAAUAUGGGCCCAACUCCUCUGCCUCCUGGGACACCUCUCAGGGACUAUACGAUUCUGCACUUGCGGUGAGGUUUUUCAAGCCCCACUCAUUUUGCUCCUAGCCCUUCUUGGAUUGCCAAGCUCCAAGCCAGCCAGAAAAGAUAGAGCAAAGGCGUCUGCUGUCUCAAUGAGACACUUGUCGGGUAGAGUAGAAGCUGCAUCCCCGGUCUGCUGAGAACAGCGCUGGGAGCAAGAGCUUGCAAGGUGAGCAUGAGCCGCAAGGUCUCAGGCGGUCACGUUUCAUGGCGGUGGUCAGGGCUCGAGUCUGACGGGAAGAUACACGCAGGGGACCAGAAAAGCAGAACGGGACCAGUUUCUAGGCGCUGUUUGGAAUGCAGGCCCUAGGCCACACUUGGUUGUAGCUGUACUGUUACUCACAAUAGAUAUUAAUUUUUGAAUUAAAAUUUAUUUAAAGAAAAA